CCCGGCGCGGCGGCCCUGCCGGGCUCUCGCGGGCGCACCGGCGACGGGCGGCGGCCAUGGAGACGGCGGACCGGGAGUGCGGCGCGCUGGGCGGCCUCUUCCAAGCCAUCGUCAACGACAUGAAGAGCUCCUACCCCAUCUGGGAAGAUUUCAGCUCCAAGGCAACUAAACUGCACUCCCAGCUGCGGACCACGGUGCUGGCUGCGGUCGCCUUCCUGGACGCCUUCCAGAAAGUAGCUGACAUGGCCACCAACGCGCGAGGAGCCACACGCGACAUCGGCUCAGCGCUGACCCGCAUGUGCAUGCGGCACCGCAGCAUCGAGGCCAAGCUGCGGCAGUUCACCAACGCCUUGGUGGAGAGCCUCAUAAACCCUCUGCAGGACAGGAUCGAGGAUUGGAAGAAAUCUGCUAAUCAACUCGACAAAGACCACGCAAAAGAGUACAAACGAGCCCGCCACGAGAUCAAGAAGAAGGCCUCUGACACCCUGAAGCUCCAGAAGAAAGCCCGCAAAGAACUUCUUGGGAAGGGCGACCUGCAGCCUCAGCUCGACAGUGCACUCCAGGACGUCAACGACAUGUACCUGCUGUUGGAGGAGACCGAGAAGCAGGCUGUCCGCAAGGCCCUCAUCGAGGAGCGGGGCCGCUUCUGCACCUUCAUUGCCUACCUGCAGCCCGUGGUGACGGGAGAGCUUGCCAUGCUGGGGGAGAUCACGCACCUGCAGGGCAUCCUGGACGACCUGGCGGCGCUGAGUGCUGAGCCCCACAAGCUGCCCUCCGCCAGCGAGCAGGUGAUCAAAGACCUGAAGGGCUCCGAUUACAGCUGGUCUUACCAGACGCCACCACCCUCCCCCAGCAGCUCCGGGUCCCGCAAGUCCAGCAUGUGCAGCCUGGCCCAGCCACUCAACGCCAGCACCCACCUGUCCAGUGUCUCCUCGCACGACUCGGGCUUCAUCUCCCAGGACGCGCUCUUCUCCAAGCCGCCGUCUCCAAUGCCCUCGGACAUCACCAGUCAGAAGUCCUCCAGUUCUGCGUCAUCCGAGGCAUCCGAAACCUGCCAGUCCGUUAGCGAGUGCAGCUCCCCAACCUCGUGGAAACCCCUGAAUGUAGCUCACGCGCCCCGGACCGAAGGGAGCUCCUGGAGAAGCCUUAGCCUGGACUGGUCCAAGGCCGGGGCCUGCGAGCCGCCCGGGGCAGCGACGCUGCAGCGGAGGAAGGACCGGGUCGAGCACCUCCGGGAGGCAGAGCUGGGCUCCGCCACUCUGGCGUAUCCUGGCCUGGGCCUCGAGGAAGGGCUCCGACCACGCGUGUCUCCCGCCACCAUUGCCGCCAAGCAUGGCGAGGCGGUGUCCCCGGCCGCCAGCGACCUGGCCCUGGCGCUGACGCGUGGGCUGAGCCUGGAGCAGCAGAAGAGCAGCCGGGACUCGCUGCAGUACUCCAGCGGCUACAGCACCCAGACCACCACCCCCUCCUGCUCGGAGGACACGAUCCCCUCACAAGGCUCCGACUACGACGGCUACUCGGUGAACGGCGAGGCCGACGGGGAGCCCCAGAGCGACUUCGACAAGUCCUCCACCAUCCCACGCAACAGCAACGUUGCCCAGAACUACCGGCGCAUGAUCCAGACCAAGCGGCCGGCUUCCACCGCCGGCCUGCCCACGGGCACGAGCCUCCCGGCCGGGGCCACCCCAGGCGUGGCCACCAUCCGCCGCACCCCCUCCACCAAACCCGCAGUCCGCCGGACCCUUUCCAGCGCCGGCCCCAUUCCGAUCAGGCCGCCCAUUGUCCCCGUCAAGACGCCCACGGUGCCGGACUCGCCUGGCUACGCGGGCCCCACGCGGGUGGGCAGCGAGGAGAGCGUGUUCUACGCCGACGACGCCUCACCGGGCGCCCCGGACUUUGCCAGGGCGUCGCCCAAGAGGCUGAGCCUGCCCAACACGGCCUGGGGCAGCAGCACCAUGGAGAUCUCGGUGUACGCUGGGGCCGGGAGGCGCCUCUCCUCGGAGGAGGAGGAGCAGCAGCGGCUGGCCGCCAACCGGCACAGCCUGGUGGAGAAGAUCGGUGAGCUGGUGGCCAGCGCCCACGCCCUGGCCGAGGGCCAGUUCCCCUUCCCCACUGUGGCCCUGCCUGGCACCGGUCCUGGGGAAGAGACGCCCAUGCCUCCCCCCACGGUCCCCAGCGACCCUCCAGCGGAAGACAUGCUGGUCGCCAUCCGGCGCGGGGUGCGCCUGCGCAGGACCAUCACCAACGACAGAUCCGCGCCUCGUUUCUUGUGAUCACACCCUUCCCGGCUGCCCCCCAGGGCUCUCCGCCUGCAGCCAGAGAGCAGCCUGCAGAAGCGACUGAUGGACUGCGAGUGGCAAAGCUGCCGUGCGGAGCCCCCGCCACACGCAACAAUGGCUGCAAACGCGACGCCCUGGCGCUGUCUGGCUCCGCACUCGACCCGUGGCUCUCGCCUCCGUCCUGCCCCGUUUCAUCGCCUCCCGCACCGGCCAUCGUCCCGCUCUGCAGAGAUCCGUCUGAGCCACACCGCCAGGAUCCUCCGGGAUGCCGCCCCAGCUCAGCACAGCGCAGCCGUGGGAUGUGGGCGGCCGAUGCCUGCAGAACACUGGCCUCAUCCAGACACGGGCUCCCCGUUAGUCUUGCGCUGAGCCCUCCCGCCUCUGCGUGGCUUCUUUUCCCAUCUGUUUCUGUAUUUGCAGCACCUGCAUCCACCGUGUUUUAAGAAGGCAGCACAGACGGGUGCGCCGAGCUAACAAUCCUUGGAAAUGUGGGCCUGUUCCAGCCGGAGCUCUAACACCCAGUUCUGUGGCAGCCUGCGGAAGAAGCCGCCCCUCCCCAGGGCGCCAUCGCAGGCGUGCAGCUUUCUUCUGGCUUUGCCAUGGGUGCCGGGCUUGCGGGGGCUCCGUCGGAACACGAAGGGUAGCGGAUGAUCGACACCGCCAUCCUUCCCUUGCUUGGUUGGGUCAAGUUAGGCGAGGCCCAGCAGGCUCUGACAACUUGCCCACGAGCUCAGUCCAUGGCCUGGCUUGAAUCUUGAA